AUGUCUGAUUUGACAGUUCUACGAGCACAUUUUAGGGAGCUGAAACAUGCAAAUCUUUGUAAAAACCCUAACGGGCUUCGUGGAGGAACCAUUGAACCAUCUCUUCGUAUUUUGGCCAUGAAAUAUAACUGCGAUAAGAUGAUCUGCCGCAAAUGCUAUGCUCGUCUACACCCACGUGCAACCAACUGUCGUAAGAAGAAGUGUGGGCACACUAACAACCUCCGCCCCAAGAAGAAGAUUAAGGAUUAA